ACCUUAUUGAGAGGGUAUCCGUAUAACGGCUGAAGGGAAUGAACGAUAACCUUCUCUCUGGUCAAGGCAAAGCGAAAGCAAAAGGGGACAAAACGUAAAGUGCAGAGCCUUCCUUCUUCUUCUUCGUCAAGAAGCUGCUGCUGCUCAGGACUCUAUCGUCGCCUAGUCGAUAAAAAAGGAAUCAACUUUGACAUCAUUCAUCAGGAUCAUUGAUUCUCCCGCCCUCUCGACCUUUCCAGAUCUUUCGGAGCUCUGUUUACUUCAAAUCGAUGGGUGCAGUGGUUGCCUGGCUUGCUACAGAGAACCUAGAACAACUGAAACUCUAAAGGAUCCACCUUUAAACCCCACAUCUAAAACGUUUAAGAAACCAAACGCCUCUGAAGAUUUUUGGUCAACCAGCACAGUCGAUAUGGACAACACCACCUUCCCUUCUCAGGGGAGCAUCUCGUCGUCUAACCAGACUUUUGAGUCUCAGUCUGGUGCUAGGAACUCUAAUCCCCCUCCUCCUCCUCCUCCUGAAUUUGUAAACCAAGGUCUUCUUCUUUGGAAUCAGACCCGGGAGCGUUGGGUGGGCAAGGAAAGACGUAAUCAUCAUAACCCACCGGAUCACAGUCAAGGAGCUAAGAUUAAUUGGAACGCAGCAUCGUAUGAUAGCUUGCUGGGGAGCAACAAGUUAUUUCCCCAACCCAUUCCUCUCAAUGAAAUGGUGGAUUUUCUGGUGGAGGUUUGGGAACAAGAAGGUCUAUAUGACUGAUGAAACAAGACUGGGAGACAGCACUCUCGUAUACACACAUACACAAUGGUUCGAGUCAUUUCAGAUUUUUUUUUUUCUGUUUCGGUUUCGGUUUGAUUUCUGAAACCCCUUGUUGUACUAUCUCAAUGAGAAAAAUCCCUUUGUUGUACCAUCUCUCAGUCUAUAAAGGCUUUAAGAUUUAUGUC